GUUCCAACAAACUGACGUAGGUGACGUUUGUAUCAAAGUUUCAAACCGUUUUAUUGACAUUUUUGUGCGGUGAAUUCUUCGAGAUAUAAUCAAAUUAAAGCCUUAAAACGCAAUUAAUACUGUGCAAACAAAAUGUAGUGAUGAAUUGGAACACGCUGUAGUACCCGUAUAAUAAUUGUUGCAGUAUAAAUACAACAUAACCUAAGUUUUGAAUUGUCACCGGAUAACAUUAAAAAUACACGAAAUGAGCGGUUUUAACUAUUCAAACUUUAAGCCCAGCUCGAAUUCCACGAAGAAGCACAAUGCUGUGCCCCCACCGCCCACCAGUGGGGUCAGUAAACAAGGUUAUUCGACUAUGAAUGCUAUAAGUCAGAAUGCCUUAUCGGCUGCUUGGGGGGGCAGUAGAAAACGUGCUGCCACCGAAGACGAAUAUUUCGAGGAAGACGAAGAAGAGCAAGUGCCAGAGUUGGCGUAUAUUCCGGCGCCGGGAAGUCCCACCUAUGACGAGAUGCAGAGGAAGAAGCAAGAGGAGCAGGAAGAAGAUGAUCCGCUAGACGCCUACAUGGCUGGGAUAGAACAACAGAUGCAAAAGCAACCGUCCACCUCGUCGAACGAAAAGAAGGAGAAAGCCGUUCGCAACGAUUUGGAGGAAGAGGACGUGGAAGAGUCGUACUACCGGUACAUGGAGGAGAACCCCAACGCCGGCUUGGCGCCGGUGGACGAGGACAACCCCGACGUCGAGUACGACGAGGACGGGAACCCGAUCGCGCCCGACAAAAAAAAAUUCAUCGACCCCCUACCGCCGAUAGAUCACUCUGAGAUCGCGUACAAACCGUUCAGGAAGGACUUCUACGACGAGCACCCGGACAUCGGCUCGCUGACGGGCGCUCAGGUCGCAGAGUUGCGCAAAACUUUCGAUAUCACCGUCAGCGGCGGCCACCCGCCGAAGCCGGUGGCGUCCUUCGCUCACUUCGGCUUCGACGAUAAACUGCUGAAGGCGAUUAUCAAGGCGGAGUACGCGUCGCCCACCCCCAUUCAAGCUCAGGCGGUGCCUUGCGGGCUAAUGGGCAGAGACGUGCUCGGCAUCGCUCAAACAGGAAGUGGUAAAACUGCGGCCUUUUUGUGGCCCCUACUCAAGCACGUUUCGGCUCAGAACCCCGUGGAAGAGGGGGAAGGUCCGGCUGCAUUGAUUUUGGCCCCCACCAGAGAGUUGGCCAUUCAGAUUUAUACCGAGGCCAAAAAGUUCGCAAAAAUUUACGAUUUAAAAGUCGUAUGUGCUUACGGGGGCGGGUCCAAGUGGGAACAAAGUUUGGCGCUAAAAGAGGGCGCGGACAUCGUGGUGGCCACGCCGGGUCGCAUAAUCGACCACAUCAAAGGCGGCGCCACCGACCUGCAGCGCGUCACGUUCCUCGUGCUCGACGAGGCCGACCGCAUGUUCGAGCUCGGCUUCGAGCCGCAGGUGCGCUCCGUGUGCAACCACGUGCGCCCCGAUCGGCAGACGCUGCUCUUCUCCGCGACCUUUCGCAAGAGGAUCGAGCGGCUGGCCAAGGACGCGCUCUGCGAUCCGGUGCGGAUAUCGCAGGGCGUCGCCGGGCAGGCCAACGAGGACGUCACGCAGCACGUCGAGCUGCUGCACGGCCAGGAGGCCAAACGGAACUGGCUGUUUAGCAGGCUGGUGCAGCUGAUGUCCGCCGGUUCGGUGUUGGUGUUCGUCACCAAAAAAUUGGAUGCCGAACAGGUGGCGAACGAUUUGAAGGUUAAGGAGUUCGAUUGCCUACUUCUACAUGGUGAUAUGGAGCAAGCUGAAAGAAACAAGGUUAUAACUGCCUUCAAGAAAAACGAAUGCCCUGUAUUGGUUGCGACAGAUGUCGCUGCAAGAGGUCUCGAUAUACCGCACGUGCGCACCGUGGUAAAUUUCGAUAUUGCGCGCGACAUCGACACCCACACCCACAGAAUCGGUAGGACGGGCAGAGCGGGAACCCAGGGUACCGCCUACACACUACUAACGCCUAAAGAUAAGGAGUUCGCCGGGCAUAUAGUGAAAAAUUUGGAAGCGGCUCACCAGGAAGUGCCUGAAGAGGUUUUGGAGCUCGCGUUACAGAGCUCCUGGUUCAAAAAACAAAGGUACAAGAAAAAAGGGGAAAAUCCCAACGUGGGAGGUAUAGGGUUCGGUUUUAAGGAAAAACCGUCGGGUCCUCCGAAAGGCUUUGUUGCCAGCUCCUCGGGCAAUUUGAACACCUCUUCGUCCUCGGGAUCGCAGCCGCCGCAGCAAAGCAACAGAGGUCCUGCGACUGACCGUUUAAGCGCGAUGAAAGAAGCUUUCAGGUCGCAGUACCAAAAUCAGUUUACGGCCAGUUCGGAACAGCCUCCGCCUCAGCCGGAACGAAGGAAAAAAAGUCGUUGGGAGUGAUUUUAGGGCUUUAAAGUUAAUCCUGGAUUUUUAUUGUAUCCACUUAGGAGUUUUAAAACAAUUUGUUUGAGUUUAAAUGUCCAUAGACUUACAUGUAUGAAGAUUAAUUUGUAUAAUUUUAGUCCUUUAUUUUUUAUUAUUACAAUAAGCAAAAAUAAAUAAAUCAAAUGACAAGUUAAAAA